AUGUCUUUCCCCGUUACCGCCGCAGCCCGCUGCUGCCGACAGCUGUCCGGCUCCGUCCGCCCAUCCUCCCUGCGCAUCGCGUCUACAUACACAGCCCGCACACCGGCCAGCCGACGAUGGGAGUCUACUGAGACUGCUGCGCCUGUCAACCCUAAGAUCAGUCAGAUUGUUGACCAGAUUAGUCAAUUGACUCUGUUGGAGACUGCCGAUCUUGUUUCAAGCUUGAAGACCCGCCUCAACAUCCCUGACCUCCCUGUCGGUGGCUUCGCUAUGGCCCCCGGCGCCGGUGCCCCCGGAGCUGCUCCCGUUGAGGAGGAAGAGGCCGCGCCCGCCGCCGCUGAGAAGACACUGUUCAACCUGAAGCUCGAGUCCUUCGAGGCUACCUCCAAGCCUAAGGUUAUUAAGGAGAUCAAGAACAUGCUUGGACUGUCUUUGGUGGACAGCAAGAAGUUCGUUGAGUCCGUGCCGAAGGUUAUGAAGGAGUCUGUGCCUAAGGAGGAGGCUGAGAAGAUCAUUGAGACUCUCAAGGGUCUUGGUGCUAAGGUUGUUAUGGAGUAA